CGUCAGGAGCGCGCCGAGGGCGGCGUUGUCAUGGAGGCGGCGGACGAGUGGCUGGUGCAGUCACUGCGCCUGUACCGCGACCUGCACACCUUCGAGCUCCAGGCGCCCACUCGCCUCAUCGAAUGGGCCUGCGGGAACCGUGUCUGUGUAGCCGGGUAUGGACAGUCUGUUGGGAACGAGAUCCUGCAGCUGAUCCCACCACCGACGCUGCUGACAAAGGAGACCCAGGGCCUGUGUCCAGAGAGAGAUUUCAAGGUAGAAUGUGGUGGAUUUUCAGAGCGCCCAGUGUACAGCCUGAAAUAUGUGCCGGACACCAGCUUGCUGGUAACAAGUGGCCCACCCGACAGCUCCCUCCAGGUCUGGCAGGUGUCAGCAGAGGACUCAGAUGUUAUUAAGUCUGUAAGCACCUUGGCAACAGAAAAUGGCACUGGGCAAUCCUGGGCUAAAAUUGCCACUAUUUCAGCCAGAGCCCCGUGGGUCCUUCAUGGCUCAAGACUUGACAGAGUCCAAAUUACAGAGAUUGAAUCAAGGAAAAAUGUCUACACAGCAGCUUCCAGAGGCAGCGAGGAGCUCAGCGGCGUGGCCUUCCUGGACUGCAACACGCUGCUUCUGUGCUGCACCGCAGGCCGGCUGUGCCUGGCCGACCUCCGGCAGCCACAGAGCCUCGUGGAGGCCACGCCAGUGCCCUCGGCAUCGUGCAGUGAGCAGUGGUACAUGGGCACCAGGCAUGGAGCUCAGGGCUUGGAGCCGAGGGCCCAGCCCGUGGCUCGCCUCUCCAGCAGGGGCCUCCUAACCCUGACAGACCUCAGGAAAACCUCUGAGUUCCUGGCCUUGGCAAAGGCCAGAGUCCCCUCUCCUGGCUCAGGUGCAGAGUUCCUGUGCGUCUCCUGGGCUCCUGCUCUGGAAGGCUACCUUGCCAUUUCAGGUUUUGAUGGUACCGUGCAUGUAUAUGACACGCAGAGCUGGGACAGCUCUGGCAAGGAAGCAGAGCCCGUCUUUGUUCACAAAGGCCACGCAUUUGGCGGAGCAGGUGGCAGUGGGGACCCUCCCCUUGUCACUGUGCACACAUGGCAUCUGCAGAAACCCAGAACUUUGUUGUCAGCAGCAAGUGAUGGUUCUUUGCAUGUCUGGGACUGGGUUCAGCCCUGUGGGAAGUGCGGGUAGGUGGUGUUUUGGUGAGUAGGGGCAUUUCCUGCCUCUGUUCUAGUUUGCAUGGGCUGCAAGGGUGUGUGUUUGCCUGCAGAUACUGUUUGGAGAUUGUUGCAGUGAGCAGAACAACUGUACAAUUUCUAUUUUAAUAAUAGUAAAAAUGUUGGCUAUGUUA